UGUAUGUAAAAAAAUUCAAGAUCAAAUCAAUGAGAAUACAUGUGACUUCGGGCCAUGAUAUACAUGCGUGCAUGUCUUGAACGACAGCCGCCGGCCCCCAAGACGGUGCUACUAUAAGUCUUCCAUACAUAGUGAGCAUGGCUCUGGAAUAUGUGGGUGGUUCGGUUUUGCCCCCACACCACCAAACAGCACCGGAACGUGCAUGUGUGUUUUCCGCCGGGUGCUGUUUCAUCACAGCUGGCGUUUCUGGCUGGGCCCGCCCCGUCGUCGUCGAGAUACAUGGGCCUUAUACGCAUAAGAUUAUCUUAGAUUCCACCUCCCAAAUUCCAUAUACUAACAUUGCAGUGUACGUUAAGGGUAAGCACGUGUCCUACCAACGUUCCAAGAGCGUUACCAACCCAAACGUCUCGUUGAUCCAGAUCGAGGGUGUCCAGACCACGAAGGACGCUAAGUUCUACAUUGGUAAGAGAAUCGCCUACGUCUACAGAGCCCAGAAGGAGGUCAGAGGUACCAAGAUCAGAGUCAUCUGGGGUAAGGUUUCCAGAACCCACGGUAACAACGGUGUUGUCAGAGCCAACUUCAAGAAGAACUUGCCUCCAAAGACCUUCGGUGCUUCCGUCAGAAUCAUGAUGUACCCAUCCAACAUCUAAACGGGGCGGCCCACUUUUUAAUACGAGAAAAACGUCAAUCCAAUCCCACUCUAUUAGUUGUGUCUCGGGCCAGCCUGCGUGUUUGGCUGCCGUGGCAUGGCGUGUAUAAAAUGAAUUCUUUCUCUAAUAAAGGAAAAUAAGUUCUCAGUUUCUGUAGUGCCGAAGGGCAAUAUUGUUUGGCGUGAUGGCCGCUAUGAACGAUGGUGUCGUUGGUUAUCCUGAAUCUCGGGGUUGCUACACAUUAGUAUAAUGUAGGGAUGCCAGGGUGUGAAA